UUCUACUUUUCUACUUACCAAAGUUCCAAUUGCAUUCUUUCUUCCCUAAACUCAUGGCGGAAUCACUUCUUUUCAGCUUCGCAGAAUCGCUCCUACGAAAGCUUGCUACUGUUGCCGUUCAAGAAGCUUCUCUGGCGCUUGGUGUGCGUAGCGAGCUAAAAGAGAUGACAGAAACUAUGGAAAUCAUCAGAGGUGUCCUCUUAGAUGCUCAACAAAAGACUCCGCAGAGCACUGCGUUAAGCGAAUGGCUGAAACGGGUCAAGCGCGUGUUUUCUGAUGCUGAAGACAUAGUCGAUGAUUUUGAAUGCGAAGCCCUUCGGAAGCACGUUGUCGACACUUCCGGUAGCCACUCAAUGAAGGUACGCCAUUUCUUCUCAUCAAGUAAUCCUGUUGUUUAUCGUCUUAGAAUGGCUCAUCGCAUUCAAGACAUCAACACCAGGUUGGCCAAACUUGCAGAUCAAAGAAACAUGUUUGGCCUCCAAAUCAUUAAUCAAGAUAUGCGUGUCGUGCGCGUGAGAGAAAUGACACAUUCUUAUGUAAACCCUACCAAGGUUACUGGAAGGGAACAUGAUAAGAAUGAAAUAGUAAAGCUUUUGGUGCAAGAUGGUCAUCACAAAAGUCUUUCUGUUAUUCCCAUUGUGGGAAUGGGAGGCUUGGGAAAAACCACACUUGCUAAGUUGGUCUUCAAUGACACCAACAUUCAUGCAUGUUUUCCCUUGAAGAUGUGGGUCUGUGUUUCUAAUGAUUUUGAACUUAGGAAUCUACUCGUCAAAAUUCUUAAUUCUAUUCCAAGCCCAACUAGUGAAAACUUCAAUAACUUUGAGACAGAGCAACUUCAAAUUCAUUUGAGGAAUAAACUUGAAGAUCAAAAGUUCUUGCUUGUGUUGGAUGACGUGUGGAACGAGGAUCCUGCAAGAUGGCAUGAUUUGGAGGAAAUAAUAGAUUUGGAUGUAAAGGGGAGUAAAAUCCUAGUGACCACUCGUAGCCAUGCAGUAGCUUCCAUAAUGCAUACUAAAUCCUCAAAUUCGUACCUUCUUGAAUGUCUAUCUGAAGAGGAUUCUUUGUCUCUAUUUGUGAAAUGUGCUUUUGAAGAUGGAGAGGAGAAGAAACAUCCAGAACUAUUGGAGAUUGGGAAAAAAAUCGUAGAAAAAUGUGUAGGGUUACCGUUGGCACUGAGAACGGUGGGGAGUUCAUUGUUCCGGAAUGUUGAUAAGAAAGAGUGGGAGUCUGUAAGAGACAAUGAGAUUUGGAAUCUACAAAAAAAUGAAACAGGCAUUUUGCCUGCUCUCAAACUAAGCUACGAUCAACUGCCUUCGUAUUUAAAACCAUGUUUCACUUCUUUUUUCCUUUAUCAAUUUGAUGUUAAUAUUUUUUGUUAUGAUCUUACUACGGUGUGGGAUUCACUUGGUUUUCUUCCACUACCAAAGGAAGGUGAAUCAAUGAGUGAUGUUCUCAAUAAGGUUUUGUGUGAACUAAGGACGAGAUCGUUUCUUUCCGAUGAUCUUGACUUUGGGAUUGAUAAUGUCUAUGAGAUUCACGAUUUGGUAUCUGAUCUUGCAGUAUAUAUUGGGAAAGGUGAGUUUGAAAGAGUAAAUCGCCGCAAUCCAAAAAUAUCAGAGAAUGCUCAACAUUUGGUAUUUGAGGAAAAUAGCUUUUAUGGUGAAGAUCUUCUCCCCACCGGUCUCAGAUCUGUUGUUUUUCGUGACGGGGGGAGCAAUAUAGAUUUCUUGAAUGCAUUGGUGUCAAGGUGCAGAUACUUGAGGAUUUUAGACUUACGAUAUUCCGAAUACGAGAGUUUGCCUCACUGUAUCGGAAAGUUGAAACAUUUAAGAUUUCUGUGUCUUGCAAAGAAUGAAAAACUUAAGGAACUUCCUGAUUCAGUCUGCAAACUUCAAAAUUUGAAAACUUUAGUCCUUAGUGGAUGCAUAAGGCUACAAAAGUUACCCAAAGGAAUAAAAUAUCUAAUUAGCCUUCGUCACUUGGCAAUAACCACUGCACAAACUGAUUUUUCAGAAGAAGAGAUUGCAAAUUUCACUUCUUUAGAAAAUUUAUCUUUUACUCAAUGUGAUAAUUUGGAGUCAUUGUUCGAAGAAGUACAACUUUCAACACUUCAAACUUUGACUUUGAUUGACUGUGGAAAUCUAAAGUCUGUGUCGCUCCAUUGCAUCAGAAAUUUAGAGGCUUUAACGAUCAUCAAUUGUAACAAGUUGGAAAGCCUUAGCUGCCAAAUCCCCGAGUUAAAGUUAAAGUAUCUUUUUCUUUUUGACUUGCCACUACUAGUCAAAUUGCCUCAGUGGUUUCAAGGAUCUGCGAACUCUUUACAACACUUAGCAAUUAGAAAUUGCGUCAAUCUUGGUGAACUUCCUGAUUGGCUACCAACUCUAAUUUGUCUCAAAGUACUUGAAAUUAGCGAUUGUCCAAAACUAUUGUCACUCCCUGAUAACAUUCAUCACCUUACAAAUCUUGAAAAAUUAGACAUUACUGGUUGUCCUGAAUUACGCAAAAGAUUCAAGCCAAAAGUUGGACAAGAUUGGCACAAGAUAUCACACAUCAAACAAGUUGACAUUGAUGAUUCAGAUGAUGAAGAAGAUUUAUCCGAAUAACAUAGCCAAAUGUUGAAGGUUAUACCACUUUGUGGAUCUUUCCACCUCAAAAAGGACAAUGGACUGAUAUUUAGCAUGAAGCUAGAGAAUAUCCUAUUUACAUAUAAAAUUUGUAUAUGUUAUAAUUUUAUGCAUUUUUUUUUCAUUUUCAGCUCUCUUAACAAUAUUUUCUUUUAUACAAAAUAAGGUGUUACCAUGUCAAUAUUAAAUAAUAGUGAUAUUAACAAUAAGUGUACGUCAA